UAUCAAUCACAUGGUCCUUUUCUCUAGUACUGUAUAGUUAGCUAUAGACAGGAAUUCUAGAUUCUUCUUACAGCUUUACGAUACCGAAACUGGGAGACUUUUGAGAAAACUUCGACGUGACUCCGUUCCAACCGGCUAUACACAUAAUCGCGCUUCUUUCUCCCCAUGUGAUACAAUGGUUCUUAACGAUGGAGUUCUUUACGAUGUUCGCGGACCGGUUGUUCAUAUGUUCGACCAGUUGAACACCACCGGAUGUAGCGUAUUUCACCCUCAAGGAAACGAAAUUAUCAUUAAUACAGAAGUGUGGGACACGCGCACCUUCCGUUUGUUACAUCUUGUCCCUGGCUUGGAGCAUUGCAAGCUCGUCUUCAACAGUACGGGGAACAUCGUCUAUGCUGCUAUGUACUCUGACUGCGCUGAUGUCUUCCGCAACACUUACUGUGCAUCAUUCCGAACAUUUGAUACCUCUGAUUACUCUGUGAUUGCGACAGUCGACACAAAGCGAUUGCUUCUUGAUAUAGCUAGCGAUCACUCGGAUCGUUACGUUGCUGUGGUUGAGCGAACAGGAGAGGGAGAAGUGGAGUACAUGUUGAACAAUGAAGAAACCGUUGUCAGGGCUUAUGAGGUUGGAAAACGUCGCGAUGCUGAAGAAGAUGACAUAGAUGAGGUAGAAGAUGAAGAAGGAUCAGAAAGCGCUCAAGAUACGGAUUCAAUGGGUGAAGGUCUUGAUGAUGGGGAUGAGGACGAGGAUGAGAGUGACGACGAUGAUGACGACGAUGACGAUGAAAAUGGAGUAUUCGAGGCGAUAGGGCGGCUCGAGGCGGGCACGGACUCAGAAAGCUCUGAUAGUAACGGAGAUGAGAGUGGCUCGUGGGAGACUGCUUCGAACCAAGAAGAGAACAACGAAAGUUAG